GACAGGACAGCCCUGAUCUGGGAGAAGGAUGAACCGGGGUCAGAGGUCAAGAUAACCUACAGGGAGUUGCUGGAGAUGACGUGUCGCCUGGGCAACCUCUUGAGACGCCGCGGCGUGAAGAAGGGGGACUGCGUCACCAUCUACAUGCCUCCGUGCCCGCUGGCUGUGGCGGCCAUGAUGGCCUGCGCCCGCAUUGGCGCGCCGCACAACGUGGUGUUCGCGGGGUUCAGCGCCGAGGCCCUCGCCGAGCGAAUCCGAGACGCCCAGUCCAGCACCGUCAUCACGGCCAACCAGGGCGUCCGAGGAGGCAAAGUGACCGAGCUGAAGAAGACCGUGGAUGCGGCGGUCCAGAGCUGCCCGGCGGUGGACCAGGUGUUUGUUGCCAUGAGAACAGAGAAUCCCGUCGCCAUGACAGCCAGGGACGUCGCCAUGGAGGAGGAGAUGCUGAAGGAGGAUUGUGUGUGUGAGCCGGCUGCCAUGGACAGCGAGGACGUCUUGUUCCUGCUCUACACAUCAGGCAGCACAGGGACGCCCAAGGGACUGGUCCACACGCAGGCUGGAUACUUGCUGUAUGCUGCUCUCACUCACAAGUAUGUCUUCAGCUACCGGGACGGGGACGUGUUCGGCUGCGUGGCAGACAUCGGCUGGAUAACGGGGCACAGCUACAGUGUCUACGGGCCUCUGGCCAACGGGGGGACCACGGUGCUGUUUGAGAGCACUCCCGUUUACCCCGACCCAGGAAGGUACUGGGAGAUGGUGCAGAGACUCAAGAUAAACCAGUUUUAUGGGGCUCCCACCGCCAUCCGCCUGCUGCUCAAGUACGGAGACCAGUGGGUCCACAAAUACGACCGCUCCUCCCUCCGAACCCUGGGCUCCGUGGGUGAGCCCAUCAACACGGAAGCGUGGGAGUGGUACCACAGAGUUGUUGGGGAGGGACGCUGCCCUGUGGUGGACACUUGGUGGCAAACAGAGACCGGAGGCAUCUGCAUCGCCCCAAAGCCAUCAGAGCCAGACGCAGAGAUUGUCCCAGGAAUGGCCAUGAGACCUUUCUUUGGCAUUAAGCCCGUGCUUAUGGACCCUGAGGGAAAAGUGCUGACUUCUAACGACACAUCGGGAGCCCUGUGCAUCGCUCAGCCCUGGCCUGGCAUGGCCAGAACCAUUCAUAACGACCACGCCAGAUUCAUUGAGACCUACUGUCAGCCCCAUCCUGGUUACUUCUUCACUGGGGACGGCGCCUACCGCUCCGAGGAGGGUUAUUACCAAAUCACUGGCCGCCUAGAUGAUGUCAUCAAUGUGAGCGGUCACAGGAUCGGCACCGCAGAGAUAGAGGACGUGGUGAAUCAAUCCUCCUCAGUGGCUGAGUCGGCUGUUAUAGGAUACUCGCAUGACAUCAAAGGACAAGGAAUUUAUGCCUUUGUGGUGCUGAAAAAGGACGAUGAGGUUCAGGGGGAGGACCUUUGUCAGCAGCUGAGGAACAUGGUCUCUAAGAAGAUCGCCAAGUACGCCUGUCCAGACUUCAUCCAGAUCGUCCAGCGGCUGCCCAAGACGCGCUCGGGUAAGAUAAUGCGCCGGGUGCUGCGGAAGGUGGUGGAGCGGGAUGUGGACGGGAUGGGUGACCUCAGCACGCUGGAGGACCCUACGGCAGUUGAGGAGAUCAUCAGAGGUCAUCUCGAGCUCUGUGGUAAACCACUGUGA